GCGGCGGUUGUUCUGUUCUGAGUUCUGGGUCCGUGUCUUUGGUUCGGAGCUGCAGAAGGUUUUUAAACAGUCUCGCCGAACUCUCGGUAGGAUGCUGAGUGCCGCCGCUGCGGACCGGAACAAGGAGCCGAUCCUGACGGUGCUGCGGGAGAGUUUGAGAACCGACCGGAACCUGCAGGCUCUGGAGAUCUCCUCCGGUACCGGACAGCACGUGGUCCACUUCGCUCAGGCGUUACCGAACGUCAUCUGGCAGCCGUCAGAGUUCGACCGCAGCUCCCUGAACAGUAUAGAAGCGUACAGAAGGCGCUACCGGCUGAGCAAUGUCAAACCGCCCAUCCACCUGGAUGCCUCUCAGUCGUACCAUCACUGGGGAGGAAUUGAACCCGAGAGCCUGGACCUGGUCGUAAACAUCAACAUGAUGCAUAUUUCUCCACUGGCCUGUACUGAAGGUCUGUUCAGAGGGUCAGGAGUCGUACUGAAGCCUCAGGGUCUUUUACUGACAUAUGGGCCUUACGCCGUGAACGGACAGAUCAGCCCUCAGAGCAACAUAGACUUCGACUACAGCCUGCGACAACGUAAUCCAGACUGGGGUCUCAGAGACGUUUCUCUCCUCAGAUCGAUGGCACAAACAAACAGUUUAUUCCUGGAGAAAAUAGUGGACAUGCCAGCAAACAACAAGUGUCUUCUGUUCAGGAAGGAGAGUUUGGUUUGAUGGUUCCUGUUGGUCCAAAGUAAACAAACACAUUUUUCGCUUCACUUUUUUUUAAUAAAGAGUAAAACUAAGAAGUGCGUUACAAAGACCUAAGUACAAGUGUACAUUUAACACUCAAACUGUACAUAACAGAGAAUCCAAACAUUUACACCGAUUAGUGUUGAACAGAAAAAACAAUAAUGUUAAAUUAUUUCAGAUGUUGUAUCUCUAAUCCAAAGUGUAAUUAUUCCAGAGUGACUUAAUCAAAGACAAGACUUAAUCUGACAUCUGAGAUGACAUGAGGAUCAGCGCCAUGAAGGUCCGUGCAUUUCAAAAUGUAAAAUGUACAAUGAUGUGCAUAAGUCUUAGGCAUGGUAAAUGUUCAGACUAUAAAGUUAAAAUAUGUGACCAAGUUUCUCCUUUAACACUUCAUUAUUAGUAGUAGUAGUAAUAAUUGUUUCUGAGCUUGUGCAGUUGAGAAAAUCUGAAUUUACAUAUAUUUUAAAGUCAGAUGAUCAUCAAACCCAUUUGAUCAAAACUGGUCCUGUCUAAAACUUUUGCAGUGUGUGUGUGAGUGUGAGAGAACUGUGAUUUUGGAAGCUUUUUCAAUUUCGCUCUUAUUCACACAUUAGCUGUACUGUGAUUUUUAUUGGAUAAUUGUGACUGUAGUUAUUAAAAAUCUUCACGUUUA